AUGCUGACGGGCAAAUACACGGGUCAGACAAAUCAAACCGAACGUCACGGAUUCGGUGUGUAUACAUACGGGCAUGGAUAUUUUCAAUAUGUCGGAGAGUGGCAACAUGGCAUAAAACACGGUAAAGGGAAACUAAUCAUGUCCGACGGAAGUUACUUCGAGGGCACAUUCGAUCAGAAUGAGAUUACAGGUCGGGGGAAACACUAUUACGCAUGGUCCGGUAACACAUACGAGGGAGAAUUUCAUCUGGGCGAACGACAUGGAUACGGACGAAUGAUAUUUGGCAACGGUGAUAUGUAUGAGGGAAGCUGGGUGAAUAACCAAAUGGAAGAACAGUCAACUGGGGAUUCGUAUUUCACCAAGGUGGAAUACGAACUGCCCUCUUCGGAUUUGGAGAAUGGUUUUGAGCUGACUAUUUGUGUGCACACAGAAACAGAAAAAUUGUUGACAGAAGGUAACAAACGGUACUCAAGAUUGGUGUGCAUUGACUUCAAUGUGGUACCCAUCAGUGAUCCGGUCGAAGCGGAUUUGGAAGACGCGCUGCGGGAAGACAGUAGUGCCAGUUUGGAUCAGUUCACUUCUGAACCCGUGCAACAGAUGGAGGAAAUCAGAGGUCAAAUGAAUGAAUCAAUAACGACACCAGAGGCAAUAAACGGGGUUGAUACGGAACGGCAGCAGAGUAUAGUACUCAUCAAACGUACGUUACGCGUCCACCUGGAGGAAACCGGCCGAGGCUGUGCUCAGUGGACCAAUUUGACAGUACAUGAAGAAACUAUCCCACCUGUAUCGGAAACCCCCGUGGAAGAAGAGACUGAUAAAGUAGCGGAUAACAUUCCACGGGAACCGGAUGAAUAUGUUGUCGUUGUGGAGGAUGUUACACCAAUGGAACCAUGUCAGCUGUCCUCAGCAGAAAUGCCAUUCAUCUCACCCGAAGUACUUCAGUCUCCUUCACGACUUCCACCUUUGUUCAUCAGGCUGAUUGCCGUGCAGUCAGGUUGA